AUGGCGUCGCACAAACAGAAUGAACCCGAAACGAUAACCGAAACAUCGGAACCAGUCUCCGAGGAACCCAUUAAACUAGUGCAUGUUCUGAAUCCGGGAGAACGUGAAUAUCUCUCACCGAAUUUAAUUGGCGUCCAAAAUAUCGCCAUGACCUUCCUGCCGCUGUCGAUGAAUUUCAUUAACAUUGUCGAUGCCUUCCGGGAAAUUGUUAAUGGUGUAAAAUACGACAUUGUCGUGAAUGCUGUGGACACCAAUGACAACGAUGCCGAGAUUGUCUGCCAUUUGGUAAUUUUGGAGAAACCAUGGCUUCGCACCGAAUGGGGUGAUAAAGUACGCGAAUUGCAACAUUCCAAUUGCAGUUCCAAUGCUCUGGAAGAAGAUGGCGAUCAAUCGCCACGUAAUCCUCUGGUCCGGGCCAAUUCCAUUAAUGAUAAGUAUGUCGAAGAAGAACCAAUUAUUGUACGAUCCAAACGCAGUGCAAAUACCCUAGGCGGAGGCACCCCACUCGAUACUGAUAAAGCCGAAAAGAUUUUAUUGAAAUCAUUAAAUAAAAUUGCUACCGGUGAAGGACCUUCGUAUGGCAUCUCAAAAAUUUACACAGCCGAAAGAAAAACCGUUGCUGGCACCUUAACCACAAUCGAUGCCGAUCUAGUCACCCCCGAUGGCAAAGUAGAACGUUGUCAAGUCGAAAUAUGGACCAGAGCUUGGUUUUCUGAUGGCAAUGAAGUUACCAUUAAAUGUCCCCACCAGGAUGUGGUCAAAAGACGCCAUAGUCGUUCUGUCGAAUAUGCCGAAAAGAAAACACACAAAAAAUCCAAUCAUCACAAUCUGAGUAAAGUGGAGCAUUUGUUUUCGAAAUUCCAAGUUAAAUAUAAACGCCGUUAUCACACCACAAUGGAGAGACAAAUGCGUUUGCGUAUUUUCAAGCAAAAUUUGAAAAUCAUUCAAGAGCUAAAUGCCAAUGAAAUGGGAAGUGCCAAAUACGGUAUCACCGAAUUUGCCGAUUUAACCAGCACUGAAUACAAACAACGCACCGGUUUAUGGCAAAGAGAUCCCGUCAAGGCCGCUCUUACUCCCAGGGCUGAAAUCCCUGAUAUUGAUUUACCCAAAGAGUUUGAUUGGAGAGAAAAGGGUGUUAUUUCACCUGUCAAGAAUCAAGGAAAUUGUGGCUCAUGUUGGGCUUUCAGUGUCACCGGUAAUGUUGAAGGUUUACAUGCUGUAAAAACUGGUAAAUUGGAAGAAUAUUCGGAACAAGAACUUUUAGAUUGUGAUACAACUGAUUCGGCUUGUAAUGGUGGUUUACCCGAUAAUGCUUAUGAAGCCAUUGAACGAAUUGGUGGUUUGGAAUUGGAAAGUGAGUAUCCUUACCAUGCCCGUAAGGAACAAUGUCACUUCAACAAGGCCAAGGUUCAUGUACGCGUUAAGGGUCAUGUUGAUUUGCCCAAAAACGAAACAGCUAUGGCUCAAUGGUUAAUCAAGAAUGGUCCAAUUUCAAUUGGUAUUAAUGCCAAUGCUAUGCAAUUCUAUCGUGGUGGUGUUUCACAUCCCUGGCGUCCAUUGUGCUCUCACAGUAAUCUCGAUCAUGGUGUCUUAAUUGUCGGCUAUGGUGUUUCCGAUUAUCCAAUGUUCAAUAAAACUCUACCCUAUUGGAUUGUGAAGAAUUCCUGGGGCAGCAAAUGGGGUGAACAGGGUUAUUAUCGUGUUUAUCGUGGCGAUAAUACUUGCGGUGUUAGUGAAAUGGCUAGCAGUGCUGUUUUGGCCGAUGAUUAGGAUUUGUGGUCUCAAAAUUUUUAA